GAACUCCUUAAAUAUUCAAUGGCAAAAGGUGGUAAUUUUUGGGUUUUUGCAAUUCUCAUUUUGGGCCUCCUAUAUACAGGAUUCACGUGUGAUUUGAACAACAUCCAAUAUGAAGUAGAAAGAAGUGAAAGAAUAAUACUAGGGGAACAAGAAUGGAACGUGACAAUGCUACAAACCUGCCCGAAUUGUUCAAUGAGUAACAUUACAUUUAGAAACUGCAACAAUUGGCUAACUGUUGAACCAGUUGAUCCAACUAUUUUCUCUAAAGAUGGAGAUAAAUGCGUUCUUAUUGACAAUAAUAUUUUGAAGCCAGGUCAACAUGUCAACUUCUCUUAUGCUUGGGAUACUCCUGUUGUUUGGAUCCCAGAUUCUGCGGUUGUUAUUUGCUAGUAAAUGUGCUUAAUUUGCUAGCUUCAAUGUCAAAUUAUGGACAUAGUUUAGAAUAAAUCUAGUGUUUAUUGUCUUUUGCAAGAACUUGAUCGAUCAAUGUAUGUUUUUUUUCUUCUUAUUGUCACUUAGUUGUUCGAGACUUCGAGAGUGGAGAGUAUAUGUUGUGUGAACUCUUUUCCCCGAAGUAUUGCUACUUUAUUAACACUAUCAAUCAUCGCUUCUAAUAAGCCAUAUGGUUUUAGAAUGAGAAAUUUCUAAAAAUUGUUCUGAAUAUCUGUGUUAAGAAAUUUGUAUAUUGACAAAUGUGAAAAAUCAAUAUUACUCAAUUGCUAGGAACAAAUCCCAUUUAUAAUACCCAAUUUCUAGGAUCGAAUUCCGUUUGUAUCGCUUUUAUAACACCCCAUUUGUAUUGCUUUUAUACACCAA